GACGCACCGCUUUUGGCCUUGUCUACCGUCCUGCCCUCUCUCUCUGGCCCAUCUUUUGCAAGCACCAGCCCUCUCCCCUCCUGUCUCUGCAGAACGCUUUCUCUCUCUAAAUCUCACUCUCUCUAUAAACCGCAGUCCACAGUCAGUUCGCUUUCUACACAGCUCACUUGCCCUUACUUGCUCUUUACAGCUUCCAUCGUUUUCUCGAGGGAGCCUCUCGUGAAGUACGUGCCAAAGCGUAUAGGCAGAGAGAGAGAGAGAGAGAGAGAGAGAGAUCUGAGAUUUGAUGAUUGAAACGGGUCGCUUGCAUCUGAUUCAGGUCAAGUGAGUGUUCUCUCACCUCUUUCCUUUUAUUUCUUUCUUUCUUUUCUCCACCCUUUCCGGUUUUUCGCGUUUCGAGUACCCAUUUGAUUUUUCUCUGUCAUUUCGUCAAAGGAGCAAUGGUCUCUUUGGGGUACGUACAAGAACAAACGCUGAGAGCUGCUAUUGGUUAAUUGCUUCGAAGGGAUUGCUUCUUUUCCCUUCAGUUUCUCUUUACUCAGUGGCUCGCUUGUACGAGCGUUUGAGUUCUGUUUAUCCUAUAGCAAGUUCAGAUGUAGUUAGAAAUACUGCUUUCUUUUGUCAAGUGUUUGAAUUUGGAGCUUCCAAGGCUUGAACUUGGUGGUGUUCUGCAAAUUGCUAUACCUGAUUCGAAUGCUAAUUGUGAGACUUCGCCUUGGGCAAUUUUGCUUGAAGGAUUUGUUCCUCUCGGGGUGGAGUCGCACUGGACUUGAGGUUGUUUUUCAUUGUGGAAGUUUAUGCCUUGUUAAUGGCUAGGCAAUGUGGGAAACUGGUAGCUUGGAUUUGGGCUUCGAUUUUGGAUUUGAUACACCAUCAGUGGGAUAUUACUGAUGCUUAUUGUUCUAGUAAUGUCAUAAUCGAGAAGAUUUAAGGGAGGUGAUAAAUAAAGAAAAUGCAAUAUUCUCUGGUGUCUUCGUGCCUUAAUCUGGGAAAGUUUCUGCUUUUGGACCCAUUUAUGCGCUGAUCAUGACCAGGGCUGUUCGUGACAGGAUAUUAAAAGAUGUGAAUGGUAAUAUUAGUGAUCAUCUACGCAAUCAUAUUCAUUUGACAAAUUGUAUUCAUCUAAAGAACCAUAUGCAUAAGCAAAGUCCUAUAUUAGCUGAUAGAUCACUGAUGAGGGACCUUGUUGCCCUUCAGAGAUCGCGAUCUCUCAGGGAUCCUUCUGCAAGUCCACCCUCAUGGCAUUCUCCUUCGGUCAUUGAACUUCUUUCUAGGAGGUAUGAGAAGGAUUCCAUGAUGGUUAAUGGGAGACGGUCGGUUGGCAUUGAACGCCAUGCAGAUGGUAGGUUGGUGUUGGGAUGCUCACCACUCUUAGAUGGCUUACGGAGAACAGAAGGUUCUGUUGGUAAGUUAAGUGGAAGAAAUGAUAGGGCUGCUGUAAUGAGUGAAAACAGUAGUAGAAGUAGGGUUUGGCAAAGUAGAGUUGACGAGCCUGCACAAGAUGGUAAUGGUUUGACUCAUGGUAUUAUUCUAGGGAACCCCAACUCUAAGGAUGAGAAGAUGAAACAAAAAGGGAAGCAUAGAGUUGAUGAUCACCUGAAGACCCUUUCAGAACAGUUGAAUGAGCUUCGAAUGGACACUGAUGAUAUAGCAUCAUUUCAAAUCCAUGUUCACAGUAAGCACAUCCAAAAUGAGCAAACUGGUGAGGAAGCUGAGGCUAGCAUUCGUGGAUACUCCAAUGGACUGAAUAAGGGAAAAAGGCGCAAAUUUCGUGCCACAAAAAGAACUCGGACUCUUAAAGCACCAAGAGAUUCUGGGGCUCAAAAUGAAAUGUCGGUUGCUUCAAAUUCAUUAGGUCAAAGUUCAGCACUUCCAAAGUACAUCGAGGAAGGAGAAGAGUAUGACAUGCAGAAUGUUUCAAAGGCUCCUAGAAACGGGUGUGGAAUUCCUUGGAAUUGGUCAAGAAUUCAUCACAGAGGAAAAUCUUUCCUUGAUAUGGCUGGAAGGAGUUUUUCUUGUGGUUUGUCUGAUUCUAAGUUAAAGAAAGGUGGUCCAAUUCCUCAGGGGGCAAAUGUUUCUAAUAUGCCUCUGAUGUCUGACCACUCAAGUGUGUCUACUAAAUCUGAAGCAGAAGCAAUGCCUCUGCUGGUGGAGGCAUCUGGAUCUCAGGAUACUACUGAUAAUGCUGCUUGGGCACAUGACUAUUCUGGGGAAUUAGGUAUCUAUGCUGAUAAUCUAUUAAAGCAAGAAAUUGAUUCUGACCUUGCUUCAGAAGCUAGAUCUGGUGAUCGGCUUAAGCUUAGAAGGCAUCAGAAUGGUAGGCACCAGAACCUGACUCAGAAAUACAUGCCAAGAACCUUCAGAGAUUUAGUGGGGCAGAAUUUGGUAGCACAAGCUCUUUCAAAUGCUGUUGUUAGAAAGAAGGUUGGCUUAUUAUAUGUGUUUUAUGGACCUCAUGGCACGGGAAAAUCCUCUUGUGCACGCAUAUUUGCCAGAGCUUUAAAUUGCCAGUCUUUGGACCAACCUAAACCUUGUGGGUUCUGCAGUUCUUGUGCUGCAUAUGACAUGGGUAAGAGCCGAAAUAUAAGGGAAGUAGGCCCAGUCAGUACUUUCGACUUCAAAAGCAUUAUGGAUUUACUUGACAGUAUGAUUGUUUCUCACUUGCCAUCUCAAUACAGAGUGUUCAUUUUUGAUGAUUGUGAUACUCUAUCUCCUGAUUGCUGGAGUGCUAUAUCAAAGGUCAUUGAUCGAGCACCUAGGCGUGUGGUUUUUGUCCUUGUGAGUUCAGGUCUAGAUGUUUUGCCUCAUAUAAUCAUAUCCAGGUGCCAGAAAUUCUUUUUUCCAAAAUUGAAAGAUGGGGAUAUUAUCUAUGCUUUGCAACGGAUUGCAAGGAAAGAAGAUCUUGAAAUUGAUAAGGAUGCACUUAAACUAAUUGCAUCCAGGUCAGAUGGAUCUUUGAGAGAUGCUGAGAUGACUCUUGAGCAAUUGAGCUUGCUUGGGGAAAGGAUCUCUGUUGUCCUGGUUCAGGAACUGGUUGGACUUAUCUCUGAUGAGAAAUUGGUAGAUCUUCUUGAUUUAGCAUUAUCUGCUGAUAUUGUUAGCACUGUGAAGAAUCUGAGAGAGAUAAUGGAAUCUGGUGUUGAGCCAUUAGCUUUUAUGUCACAGCUUGCUACAGUGAUCACUGAUAUACUGGCUGGUAGCUAUGAUUUGAAAAAGGAAAGGCCUAGAAGGAAGUUCUUUCAAAGACAAGCUUUAUCCAAACAAGAUAUGGAAAAACUACGUCAAGCUCUGAAAACAUUAUCUGAGGCAGAAAAGCAGUUGAGAAUGUCAAAUGACAAAUUAACAUGGCUAACGGCUGCCUUACUGCAACUUGCUCCUGAUCAGCAGUAUAUGUUGCCCAGUUCUUCUGCUGACACUAGUUUCAUUCAAUCUCCAUUAGUACCAAGCAGUGCUGCUGCAAGAGAGAGGCCCAGGAAGAUCAAUGAAGAGCUUGCUGGGAUCCCUAAAACCGAGAGAGGAUUGCCAAUGCAUGAUAUCGGGAUAGAAAAACUUCAAGCUGGACAUUCUAAUGAUGCUUAUCAAAGGAUGAAAGGUAAUGCUACAGAUAGGAGAAGACUUGUUGCAUCUGGGAUUGUUCCCCAACAGGCAUUCACACUAUCUGCUGAUAUGGAUAGAACAAGUGGCAGGACAUUGUCCUCUGGAGUCCAGAAGCAACUUGAAGAAAUUUGGUUAGAGGUGCUUGAAAGGAUUCAAAUUAGCAGCUUAAAAGAGUUUAUGUACCAAGAAGGGAAGCUAAUUUCAGUCAAUUUUGGUUCAGCACCAACUGUUCAGUUGAUGUUUAGUUCGCAACUAACAAAAUUGAAGGCGGAGAAGUACAGGGGGCACAUGUUACAAGCAUUUGAGUCUGUUCUUGGGUCCCAUCUGACAAUUGAAAUAAGAUGUGAAUUCAGGAAAGAUGCAAGGUCCGGGGUUGAUACGAAUACAGGGGAAGGUUUAAGUCAAGCUCAGUUGUUGCAGUCUGCCUCAGUUGGAAUUGGGAGUGACAUUGUUGGAGUUGCUUCUCAUGGAGAACCAAAAGGUAGUGAGCAUAAUGAUAACAACAAACAAUUUGAUAGAAGAGAUCUGGAAAGUGCUUGGACAGGAGAAGCAGAAGCUUCGCAGAAGAAGUCUACUACAGCUUCUUUUGAACAAAGUCAGAGCCUGAGCAUUGUGAGAAGCAAGGUGUCCCUUGCACAUGUAAUUCAGCAGGCUGAAGGGAGCACACAACGAAAUGGAUGGUCAAAACGCAGAGCAGUUUCUAUUGCUGAAAAGCUUGAACAGCAGAAUCUGAAACUGGAACCCAGAUCAAGAAGCUUGCUUUGCUGGAAGGCAUCUAGAGUAACUCAUCGGAAGUUGUCGAGUUUAAAGAUUCGAACGAGGAAGCCACAAACUUUGCUGAGAUAUGUCUCCUGUGGAAAGUGUCUUUCUAAGUCUCCAAGGUAGACAUAGGAAUCAUACUGAACGGCCCGGAGGGCUCUUAUGCAAAGCUCAGUUAGCUUUUAGUUGUAUUUAUUCAUUUUCCUCUUGUUUACUAGGUCAUUCCUGACUCAGUUAAUAAAGAAUAAAUCAGAAUAGAAGAAAUGAAUUAGUGCAGCGUCCUUUAAUCAA